AGUUUGUGACAGUUCGAUUUUUUAGAACAUCUGUAGAAAUGGCCAACAAUGCCAAUGCUUACAAACACCAGAAGGCUGAAGGACCAGCGACAGUUCUUGCCAUUGGCAAAGCCACUGCUCCUAGAGCCUUUCCUCAAAGCUUCUGGGCUUCGAAUGUGAAGCAUAUCAUGCUCUACCAGCAAGGUUGCUUUGGAGGAGCUACUGUUCUGCGAGUUGCCAAAGAUCUGGCUGAGAACAACAAGAGCGCCAAAGUACAGGCAGUGGUGAGCGAACUCACUUCUGUAACGUUCAACGCACCUAACGAGGAACUUCUGGACAAUCUGGUGGGUUCAGCCAUCUUCGGUGAUGGAGCUGCAAUCCUGGUCAUUGGUUCUGAUCCGGUCCCUGAGUUCGAGAUUCACUGGUCAGAUGAGAACAUUCUACCAGAAAGUGAUGGUGCCAUUGAGGGACGCCUGACUGAGGCAGGCCUUAUUUUCCAUCUGCUGAAGGAUGUUCCCGGCCUGAUCUCCAGAAACUCUCUUCUCAUCUUCAACAAGGCAAUCGAGGGAGGUCGUGCCAUUCUGGACGAAGUGGCCAAAACAUUGAACUUGAAUUCAGAGAAGAUGGAGAUGAGGAGGCGGUCAGCUGGGAAGAAGAGUAGCACAACUGGAGAAGGUUGUGAAUGGGGACUAAUAGUGGGUUUCGGACCUCGUUUGACGAUUGAAGUCUAGGUCUUUAAAGCAGUUGCUACUGGUCAUU